ACGUUUUGAUGAUUUUUUAACAUGUUGAAUUGUUUUAAUGCGGAAAAUAUUAAUCCCCGGCCUCGUCGCUCAUGCCAAAUUGUCAAUGUUGUUAGGAUUAGUGCAUCCUUAAUCUUUUUGUCUCGGCCAAACGCGGACCAAAGGUUCGAUUUAAGCUGUUGUAUAGUUACAGCUGUUUCCGUCCCAAUGUUUUGUUUGCAUAUGUUAAUUCGUCCCAUUGUUUUAGGCAUUAGAUUGUAUGCCUUUCUUUUAGCGUGUUUGGAUAGAUGUAUAUAAUGCUACGACCGACUUCGCAUAUUAAUACAGUUUGCAAAUAUAGAAAAAUUUGUUUUGUUUCAUUAUUUAGUAUUGAAGAAAUAUCAGCAAGGGAAUGAAUGCAUUUUCAGUUUUACCUAAUAGAGAUACUAAUUUAUAAGCAUGCAUGUUUGAUAAUCGUUUCACAAUCCUAAUAGCAGAGUGGAUUGGCGAUGGAUAUUCCUUAUUUGGCAAACUUCACUACUUAUUUAGAAUGAAAAGUUUCGUAAUGCGAUGGGUACAAUUUGAGAUCAAUAUAUUAUCAGUUUAAAUUUAUCAGCCGCGUGUUUAUGAACGUGUAGCGGUACAAUUUGAAUUUAAACAGAAAUUAUAUAUUUACGGGGAAUUAUGAAAUUUUAUUGGCUGUCGUUAAAAGUCUUGAAAUUUAAACGAUGACAUCCGCGUUUAUAAAAUUUGUUCGAUAUUUGAAGCUACUUGGUUAACUUAAAUAUCGCUAGACGUACGAAUUAAAAUAGAAGAGCAGCAAAUUAUUUGAAGAGGCUCUUCUCCUAUAUGGCAAGUUAUAUAAAGCAUAGUUAUGGUUGCAAAUGUUAUUGUAACCGUAGUACAUAUCAUAAUACGCCUCUGCUACCAUGUAGAAAGGAAAUAAUUAAAUUGAAUUUUGUCGAAACUGUAGGCGAUACAUUAUGUUAUUUUUGGGUGUACGUGGGACGUAAGCCCGCCAUAGAUAAAACAUAGGUUCCAUCUUUGUUCAUGCUUGAUAGCUCGUUGUUUUACUCGUGCAAUAAUGUGAAAGUUGCGCUUUUUAUCUCAUUUUUAGAUGCAUACUAAUGGUUCGCAGCUCAAUUCAUCGAAGAAUAAUUCAUGGCGUUUAAAAGAUUGAAUAUAUAGGGACAUGGCCAUCUUAUAGCACUUUACAUUUACUAUUGUUCUACUUUACACACUGGUUUCGUUGUUUUUUGAAAGAGAGAAUUCAUACGGACGCCUUAUACUCUGCUGACUAUUCCGGCUAUGUCACUUCUCAUGUCUUGCAUUUCACGUUCUGUCUUGAAAGAAUCUAUCAACACCGCACGGGAAUCAUCGAUCCUAACUUCAUUAAAAUUUGAUUAAUAUAAAUGACUUCAUAUUAUCAUGUACUGUAUAAAAUCAGAGUCGAAAUAAUAUCUACUUUGAGUUGUGAGUUCACUUCCCUCUAGCAAUUUGACCCGCUUUGGAAAGGAAGUCCAUAACAUGUUUCCUACUUUUCUGUGAAGAAGAAAGGGCGUUUUAGAAUUUCUUUAGUCAUGCGCGACUCGAGAAAAAUCACACUAAAUUUAAAUUAUAGAUCUUUUUGUAUUGUCGAUCAAAUGUCACGUUUCUCCGACUUCCUUUAUGACGACAUAAUUGAUUUGGCUUGGCUGUUAUGCUGUAUAAAAACAGUUAUUUCUACACUACCUGCUAAAAUGUGUGAAUCACCGAUGAUCCAAGAAUGGAUUGUUUUUGUUAGAUCUAUAAACUGAGUGUAUUGCUGGUGAUAUCAAGUGAAUAAUAUAUUGAUGAGUCUAACACAGUUAGUUAGGGUCUAAGUUUGAAGUGUGCAACAAUUCAGCGUUGUUUAAAUCACUCAGCCGUUGUAGAUUAUGGGAAUGUCAUCGUCGUGUGCAAUCAGAUCAAGUCUUUCGGUUCUCGAUACUAUUUUCGGGGUUGAUACCGUGCAUACUAUAAAGAUUCAUUAUCACGACGCUAUGCUCUCAAUACAGUUUAUCACAUUAAAAGUAUAUAUACAUGUAAAGUUUCGACCCAAAAUUAGCUUCCCGUCAAAUUUACGUCAGCGUUGCGUUUAAAAUAAAUAAAUUAAUUGAGAAUAGUUCUUUCUAAGCUGGCUAGUUUCAGCAGAACGAAUAAAUCUCGAAGAGAUCAAUAUGUUUACAACCAAUCCAAGACUUAAUGAGAUUGCAGUCAAUAGACAGUUCCGUGUUCGGCGUUUAUUCGUUAUUAGUCUGCAGCUGAUGAGUGAUCAAAUAUGCGAGUUUAGUAAGCAGCACCAAAGGGAGAUUAUGCGAGCAAUCAUUUUUAGUAGCUGGCUUAUUGGAGAGAAAAUCGUUAUAGACUCAGAAAAAUAGCGCAGUUAUUGAUCUUAAAAGGCGUAACAUUCAAAAAUCUGAUAAAUUUUAAUUUAGAUUUAGCGAUCAAAAUAAUACAUGCACAAGUGGGAAGAAAUUACAUGUGGGAAGAAAUUCAGCCUAGACUAAAUCGUUUUCGUCUCACCAACGUACGUUUUACUUUCAAAUGAAGUCUGUUAUUAAAGUUAUACAUUAGAGAUUGGAUGAUAGCCAAGAGAAAACUUUCAAAACUUUUUCUAUAUUUUCAUUUUAAUAAGAAUGUAUCAUUUCUUUUUGCAAUUCAGCAUACCGCUACUGCCGGGUCUAUAACCCCUCUGGGAUACCCGGUUAAAAUACAAAAAGGCGGACUUGCUCCAGGUUACGAUAUCUAAUAAAUCGACAACCCGUUAGCGUUUUUGGUAAAUUUAAACCACGUAAAAAUGGAAAACCCAAUUGAACUGCCGUCGGCGGCAGUAAUAGAAUUUGUGAGGUAUAACCCGCGAGAUUUGCGUGGAUCAAUAUCAGACUAUAUUUAUGUCGGCAAAGCGGAAAAAAAUUAUCCGUCCGUUGGACAGCAAAUCGCAUCAGCUGUAAAAUCACAAGUGGAAAAAUACAGCACGGACGCUGAAAGACUUCAAGAUAACUUUAUUAUUUUACCCGCAUUUGCAAUAUUCCUUGUUAUGGUGUUAUCAGUAACGAAAGACGCUCGGAAAUAUUUUGGCCACAGCGGUAGCCAUGACAACGGGUCAUGUGCUAAAACGCAAAAGACGAUUCAGAUGAGAUUGUACACACUGUCGAAACGUCAAUUUGUGCUGGUUUUUGUUGCUUUUUUUACUUGUUUUCUUCUCACUGUUCUUGUUGGACUUGCAGGUCCUCGUAUUAUAAGCUCUACUCAUAUGAACACAAGCAAUGUGAAACAAGAAAAUAUAGCCACUGGACCUUACACAUUUAUGUCACCAGUUAUGUCAACUUUCAAUCAACAGUUAUGGUUACUGGCAAAUAUCAAAGUGAAAAAUCCAUCAGGGGCUACAGUUUCACAAGAUUUUACUCUCGGUGUUAUGAUAUUUUCGAUUAGCCCUGAUGCAUCUGGCCAUGAAGGAACACAAACUCAUAAUCGCACGAGGACUUUACAUUGUUCUGGAAGCGAAUGUGAUCCGUUAGUCGUUUUGCAUCUUGGCUAUCUCGAAUAUACAAGAAUAAGGGUGCAAGUUAAUUUUUAUGGAAUUGAAAACCUCAAAUAUUCAGUCGAGGAUGUUUUCUUCGAGUUUAAAUACUACAAUCCAACAUUCACGCAAGUUGAAAUCUGGUUCAGAUUUGUCUUCCUUGUUAUUUCAUUUCUUGUCACGUGUAUGUUUGCACAUACCUUACGUCGUUUUCAUAUGAGAGAUUGGACGAUAGAACAAAAAUGGAUUUCAUUACUUCUACCUCUAUUGUUAUUGUAUAACGAUCCCUUAUUUCCACUGAGUUUUUUGAUAAACAGUUGGAUACCUGGAUUUAUUGACACAAUUUUUCAGGCCACUUUUCUAUGUGCUCUACUUUUAUUCUGGUUGUGUGUCUACCAUGGCAUAAGAGCAGCAACAGACAGAAGAAGAUUCUCGACUUUCUAUCUUCCAAAACUUAUUAUUUGCUCAUUAUUAUGGUUGGCAGCAGUAACCUUGGGUUCAUGGCAACAGUAUAAUGAGUUGAGAGAUCCAACAUACCAGUAUAAAUUGGAUAUCACAAAUUUUACUGGCAUGAAAGUGAUGUUUUUCACAGUUGGAGUGGCAUACAUUCUAUAUCUGUUGUUUCUAUUGGUUCGAGCUUGCUCAGAACUUCGUUUGAAACCUUAUUUUAAUUUGAGACUUCGCUUCCUUACUUUACUGACUGCUUUUGUCCUAAUCAUAAGUGUUGCAAUCAUUGUACUGAGGUUUGGUGCUACCAUGUUGCAAGAUAAUUUUGUUGCUGACAUAUCAACGCAAUAUGAUAAUUCAGCUGAAUUUGUUUGUUUCUACGCUUUACUGAAUUUUUACAUGUUCACAAUGGCUUUCGUGUAUUCUCCAUCAAAGACUGCUCAAGAAGUUGAUGAUUCAACAGAAUUAAUUAGCAAUCAGACUUCGAACAUCACCCAGGAUUCUCCCUUUUAAAUGAUUCAGAUGAAGAUGUUUUAUAUGGAAGUGAUUCGGAAGAAGUUCCACUCAGUAAUGGCAAGCUUCGAAAACCCCAAUAUUACGAUGAUUCAGACUGACCAAAUAAAGAAAGUGGGUGCAAAGGGAUCACCUGCCAACAUACACUUCUGUAAGCUCAAUGGAAAAUAUUGGAGUUCCUUCAAGAGUAGAUGAGACAUAGUAGCAAUAUGGAUAGUAUCAUCUUGUAUGGAUUCAUUGCUGAUUCAAAUGCAGCAAAGCCGAAUUUAAAUUGUGUUACAUACAACUACAAUACAAAUGUAGUACAAGCGCAUACCAUGUGGAUUCCUUCCAGUUGAUGACAAAGAACACUUGGAUAAUUGCAAGCUACAUCGAACUAAAAUCAAAAUUUCCUGCUAUUACUGUUCUUCAUUUCAUUAUCUGUUUUGGUUUGUGUCAUGUGAUAAUGUAAAUCAUUUAUAUAUUGCAUCUGACAGAGUGGCAUGAGUGUAGCAAUACUACUGGUUAUCUAUAGUACUUUAUUACAGAAUUUAACAAUAGUUAUCGUCAGUAGAUUAUUUUAGUCUAGUUUUGACUCUUACGUUUUUUCAGUUGGAAAAAAUUUUUUUUUGCAUAUUUUUGUAGAUUUUUGUUUUGAAUUGUAACAAUCCCCAUUUGCACUAUUUUCUCUUUGUAUCUUUUAUUUUUGGGCUUUCAGCAAUGGUUAGACAUCAUAUAGCUUUUAGUGUGUUUACUGUAUUAAUACAUAUAUAUUCCAUAGCUUGCCAAUUUGAUCUAACAUUUCCAAUUAAAUCAUGUUUUAUCAAGAGUGGAUCGAUCACGUUGAUAAAUCCAGAUUUUUGACUCCCUGCAAAUAUUAAUCCACUAAUUUGCCAGUCUAAAAUGAAUGUAGCUGUGUACAGCUGGGGGAAAUUUUUCUAUGAAUUGGGGACAAGUUACUGACUUAACUUGUUAUUUAAAUCAUUGUACAUUGGUGUCUGGUAUUUGAAGCAUCCUUAGACGUGCAAUUUAAUUAAAUUCUUUUUGUAGAGUAA